AUGUUUUGGCGUUUUGGAGGCUACUCCAACAUAUCUACAAUCGACACUUUACUCGACAAGCCUAACGUCAAGCUCGAAGACUUGCUGGAAGAGUCCGACCUCAUUCAAGAACUCAAAUCCCACCACACAAAAUUGAUCGAAUAUCUUCGCGAUGAAACAAACCUCCACACUCUCCUCCACUACGUUGUGGCACCCGCACCCCAAUCCGAGAACGAUGGACUUGAGAUUGAUGAGAAAGGCAAAGGUCCUGCCGUAGACGAUGGAGAGGAAGAACCCAAGAGAGAACUCGAUGAGGAACAGGAGAAGACUGAGAAGAAACGAUUGAAAUAUGCAUUUGUCGCUUGUGAGAUCCUUUCGUGUGAGACUUGGUCCAUCACCGAGUCUCUCAUGUCGAACACGCCUUACUUGACCGAAUUCUGGGAUUUCCUGCGCCGGCCGGCUCCAUUGGAUCCGCUCCAAGCUGGCUAUUUUACAAAAGUCAACGAAACACUGUUGGAAAAGAAGACGGAAGACAUGCUGGAAUUUUUCAAGUCGCUCCCCAACAUUAUCCCCGCAAUCCUACAGCACGUGGAUUGCCCGAUGGUGAUGGAUUUGUUGUUGAAAAUCAUCAGCCUCGAGAAGUCAGAUGGUGGAAUGGGAAUUGUUGACUGGUUGCAUAGCCAGGAUCUGAUUGCGAAGUUGCUCUCCAAUUUGGCCCCAGAAUGCAACUCUUCCACACAAACCUCCGCAGGCGACUUUCUGAAAGCUAUCAUCACCAUAUCGGCAAAUGCGGCUCAAAACGAGCAAUCUUGUAUCGGCCCGAAUUCCCUAACUCGCCAGCUAGUCUCACAGCAAUGCGUCGAGCAGCUGAUCGAUUUCAUGCUUCAAGGUGGCAAUCCACUCACGGUCGGUGUCGGGAUUGUCAUUGAGGUGAUUCGAAAGAAUAACUCAGACUAUGACCCUGACCAAGGCCAUAGCCCAGACUCUCCUCCAACCAAUCACGACCCAAUUUAUCUGGGAACACUCCUGAGGCUGUUUGCUCAGCAUGUCCCUGACUUCAUGAGCCUUAUUCUUAGCUCAAAACACACGGUGACCAAAGGCGAGGAGACCAGCGUAGUUGAAAGAGGAGAGUUAAAAUCUGCCUGGGGAACUCAAAUCGAACCGCUGGGAUUCGACAGGUUCAAGACCUGCGAGCUCAUGGCCGAACUCCUGCACUGCAGCAACAUGGGAUUGCUCAAUGAAAGAGGAAGCGAAGAAUUUAUUCGAGAACGAGAUGUUGAGCGGGAACGAUUACGAGCUCAAGGCGCCUUUCUAUCUCCAAAGCAAUCUGAAGAUUCGACUGUGGACAUCUCUGUCAGCUCUUCUCGCUUUGAGACUGCGUUCAGCCCUUCAGAAUCGGCAUCUACAGAGGAGCUUCGGAUAGUUAAUAACGCCGAGGAGGAUGGUUUCGAGAAGGUUGCAGUUUCUGAAGCUUCGGAGGCACCUACCAGCGCCAUCACUUCACAACAAGACCUCGUCAAUGAGUCUCUAUCCCCGCAGCAACCUCAGAGUCAUUUGGCACCACCAGCGAAUCUGGACGAAACAGUUCGCCGCCUCAGCUUGGACAGUCCUGAAGAUACUGACAUGACAUCGCCUCCUAAUGAACCAGAAUCAUCCAGCCCGCCUUCGGUCAAUCAGUCGAGUCCCUCUAUGGUGAAUCACGACAAGCCUGCACCAUUAUUUGCCAAGGCUUCCGACCCGAACAAGACUCCAACGGCCAGUAGUCCUGAACCGCCUCGGAGCCCGGGCACCACCAAGGAUAACAGUUCUGCAGCGGCUCCAGCCGGUCAACCUGAAGGAGAAUCCUUCCAGACAACACAAGAUGAUACGACCGAAAUAAUACAGCCGGGAGCUCAUGAUUCUGAUGAAGCACCAGUUGUUGGCGACUACCUCAAGAUUAUGUUCGUGGAAAACAGGGUGGUCCCAACGAUACUGAGCUUCUUUUUCCGCUUCCCCUGGAAUAAUUUCUUGCAUAAUGUUGUCUAUGAUGUUGUCCAACAGGUGUUUAAUGGACCUAUGGAUCGUGGCCACAAUCGAUUCUUGGCAUUUGAUCUCUUCGAGACCGGCCGCAUUACUGACGAGAUCAUUGAAGGCCAGAGACGAAGUGACGAAGCCCAACAAUCCAAGAACAUGCGUCUUGGGUACAUGGGACAUCUCACCUUGGUUGCAGAAGAAGUCGUCAAAUUUGGUGAGCGACAACCCCGAGAAUUACUCUCUCCCGUUGUGCAGGAUUACAUAUAUUCCCGUGAUUGGGAAGAAUACGUUACCAAAACAUUGGCCGAAACCCGAGAAAGGGACAAUGCCAUUCUAGGAGGCUUCAGACCCGAUAAUGGUCUUGGUCCCAGACAAGCUGUCCUGAAUGCUGUAAGCGCUGGUCAGGGCUUUGGCGGCUCAAGUGGCUUAGCUGGCGUUGGGCUAGGCGGUGGUCAGCAUGGUCUGGACAGCAUAGAUCUCUCCAACAAUGGAAGUGCCACUAGUGCCGGUUAUAAUUCUGGUGGUUCACUUUCCAGUGGGUUUGGAAGCUCUUCAGAUGAUGAAGACGAGGAUAUGGACGAUGCAGAGGAUGAGGAAACCACAAGGACCGCCACUCAGCUUUCAGCUGCAGACACUGGUCUUGCAUCAGAAAAUUCUGAUCAACCAGUACCAUUACUACCUCCUCCACCAGCGCCGCUGAACAUCGAGCCAUCACGUGCUCGCAGGAGACUAGCGGAUCGCUUAGCAAGACGAAAGCAGCAAGAUGCAGAAAAUGAGCUGGCAGCAUCCGAAUUUGGUACCGAGGCAGACGACCCAUUCGCUGCCCUGGGAAAUAGUGAUGAUCAGGACUCUGGAGACCCGUUCUCAUUGGACGAAGAAGAACAGGACAUAACCACGUUUGGCAAACGAAGCAAUGCCAACUCAUCCAACCAAAGUACUGGAGAUCAUCAUAGCUUCUCCGUCAGUCGUGGUUUGACGAGCCUGUUUUCUGCAAGCCCUGAGCGGGGGCGAUCCACGGAUGAUUUCGAUGGGUCAUUGGAUGACACAUCAUCCGAAGGGUCAGGUUCGGACAUCGACGCGGAAAAUCCUCCCCUGGAGGCCAGAACUAGUCAUGAGCGGCGUCCACUGGAUGUGGACGAUGACGAGGAGAUGGGAGAAAUGGUCGCCCCAACCGAAGAUAGUAGUAACAGUUCGGACGAAGAGGUGCUAAGUCCUCUCGAGAAAGAGAAAUUAGGACGAUCGUUUGGGAUGAAUGAUCCUGAUGAGCAGGCAUCAGAGUUUGCCGGACAAGCUGAUCAUGAUGACGACGACGAUAGUGACCAGUUGGUGGAAAUUGCGAUGCCGGCGAACUCGAAGAGGAGAUCACGAGGUUGA